GUAAUGAUUGUGUGAGCCCGCGGUCCCUGAGGUAAACACAGUCGACAUUGUGACCAACCCAUGCUGCAGGGGCGGCUGGCGGACAGACGGCGUGCUGAAGGGGCCAUCGCGAGGCUCAGGCGGCAGUGUGAGGCCCGGCAGGAGGGCGUGAGGCCUUGCUAGUGUGCGUCCGUGCCCGCCGCAGGGAGGGAAGGGGAGAGGAGGCGCCCCCCGAGCCGUCCCUUCUGCAGGAGGUAACCCCGACCCUCACCGCUGUGGUCCCCGCCGCCAGGACUUGUGUGCUGUGUCUGAGCACAGAACACGCACAGCAUGGCUCCCCCAGACACACCCAAGCGGCGUGGGCGGAAGCGUUCCAAGAGGAGGACGGCGUCAACCGGCCCAAGACACACAUCGCUGUCAGAGGAACCUCGGCCAAGCACACUGCCUGGUUCACCUGCCUUCACAGGGAAGAAGAGGAGGGGAGGCCGGGGUAAGGGAGGUGCAGGAGCAGCAGCAACAGAGACGCAAGCAAACGGCACUGCUGAAGCCAUGCCUCAGAAUGAGAACAAGCUGGACAACCUCUGCCACCUGCUGGAGAACAUCAUCAUGCAGCACGGCAGCAACGAGGUGAAUGCAACACCCCGGCAGCAAGUUAAGGGCAAAGGGCCAGCAGCAGCAGGCCCUCAACAGCCUCUACAAAAUGCUGCUGGUGCUGGUGCUGCCACUGCUGUUCCCUCCACUAGUGGUGUGCUGACCUCGCCCAGCCAUGCCACAGAUGGCAGGAAAGAACUGAGCAAGGAGGAGCUGGAGCAGGAGAGGAAGGCACGGAAGGAGGCAAAGAAAGCAAGGAAGAAAGCCCCAGGGAAGGAGAAUGACAUGGACUCGGCAAACAGCAGCCAGCCAGCACAACAAAACAAUGCAACACCAACACCAUCAGCUGGAGCAAUACCCAAAACUCCAGUAAAAGUAGGAGCAGCAGCAGCAGUAGCCAAUAGUGUCCCUGUGGCAGCUGCAGGGCCCAGUGGUGAGUCUUCCAGCCAGCAGGGACAGGAUGCAGCAGCAGCCAAGUCCAAGGCAGACCUGCGGAAGGAACGCCGGGAGAAGCAGGAGGCCCAGCGGCAGGCCAAGCUGGCGGCCAAGGCUCAGCAGGAUGAGGAGAAGAAGGCCAAGGAGAAGCAGGCAGCAGAGAAACCCAAGACAGCAGGGAAGGUGAAAGUAGCAGGGGAGGGAACGACCAGGAAGAGGACGAAGAGGGCGAGUGGCAGGCCUGGGGGUGAGAGAAGGGUGCCUCUGCUGGGCCACCUCCCCCCAUACUCCCCCAGCCCACCCGAACACCUUGUCAACAGCGACUCCAUACACCCGGCUGUCCUCUCUGUUGGCCUGAAGAUGAAGUAUGGUGUGAUAGAAGGGGCCACUGGACGCGUCAUCUCUGUGCUCUCGGCCCUGAAGCGGUUCAUCAGUGAUUAUCGCACCCCCGAGGCCUGUGACCUCUCCCGUGACAUGGCUGACAAGCUCAAGCCCAACGUGGACUUCCUGGCUGCCUGUCGACCCCAUGCUAUUGCCAUGGAUAAUGCUAUAAGGUCAGUGAAGCACAAGAUCAACAGCAUUGACCCGGCCACACCAGAAGCCCAGGCCAAGGAUGAGCUGCGUGGCGCCAUUAAUGAGUUUGUGGAGGAGAACAUCAUCCUCGCCAGCAGCACCAUUGCCACGCACGCCACCUCGCUCAUCCACGACGAUGUGCUCCUCACCUUUGGAUACUCCGCCCUGGUGUGUGAUGUGGUGGAGGCUGUGGUGAAGGCGGGGGGGCAAGUGAGCGUGGUGGUGGCCGACUACCCUCACCCCCCUUCAGGAGCUGCCAUGGUUCAGCGGCUCGACAAGCUCGGGAUCCCAACCUACUACCGCCUCGUCACGGACCUUUCGCACAUCAUGUCUAAGGUGACGAAGGUGGUGGUGGAGGCAGAGGCAGUCAUGAUGAACGGCUCGGUGCAGGCCUUGUGUGGGACUGCCAGCCUGGCCCUCGCCGCCGCAACACACCACAAGCCCUUCAUUGUCCUCUGCCAGACGUAUAAGUUCUGCAACAUUGACCUCACUGACUCCCUGGUGGUGAAUGAACUUGGUGAUGCAGACAGUGUGGUGUCCUGUGCGUCACAAGAGCACUGUGGCGUCUUGGCCGACUGGCGGGAGACACAGAACCUUAAUGUUGUGCGUCUGGUGUACGACGUCACACCGGCCGGCCUCGUCACUGUCCUCGUCACAGAGCAGAGUGUCCUGCCCACUUCGGCCGUCCCCGUCAUCAUCCACCGCAAGUAUGCCGACAUCCUGGGUCAAGACUAAGGGUAGGGGAGUUAGGCUUAACGGUGCUCCACUUCAUGAAGCUGUGGAGUGUGGAAGGAAGGGGUUGUUGUCGCAUAACUAUGUAUGUGUGUGUGUGUGUGUGUGUGUGUGUGAAUGUAAGUGUAUUUACCUAGUGUAUGUGUAUGUGUGCGUGUGUACUGUUAUAAUCCUAAUUCCUCCUAUGCUGAAGCUAAGUGGUACCGGUUCUUGGAUGUAUUGGUGUCCCUCAUUUCUAAUUUUAAAGGAGUCUCUGUAAAUAUCAGUAGUACCUUAAGAUCUGUAUAAAAUGGUGAUGAGUUUGUUCAAUAUUCACGUGGCUAGUAAUCGCUUUCAGCACAGGAGGCCUUGGCGUUGACGGGGCUUCUGGUUAAGGGUGUUGGUACUAAACUCUGUGUAAUAGUGUAGUCUUUGGUCCUGGUUUAGACACAAUCAUCAUCUUCGGUUGCUGUCUGUCCGUUUGUUGUUGUCGGGCAGGAGUAGUUAGGAGCAGCGGCGGCAGCUCACCAUGACAGGCAGUCCCCUCCAGGUUGUUAUUAUCACCAGUCACUGCCCUCAGAAGCAAAUAAGGUGUGUUUGGUCAUUAGACAAUGUUCCAUACAAUAUUCAGAUCAGGGAAGUAUACAGUUUUUUUCUUUUGAGCUGUGGUAUAAAACUUAACUAUUGUUGAAACAGAUUAUCAGACUGCUUUUACUAGAUUUGAUUCUUUUGUGCCCCAGCUCAAAGUUUUAGGGUAGCUUCUUCCCUGAAUGAGUAGUAAUUGGAAUGCUCUGUACAAAAUGUCAGAUGUAUUUACAUUUGUGAAAGGUACUUAACAGAUUCUUUGUUUCAAAAUUUGCCUUCCUUGUUGAUUCAUGAGUCCCAAAGCAAUAUUAGAAGUCCUUUUCUUAAACUCUCAUCUCAUUUCUCAGUAUUAUGCAGUCAAGGUCAUGUUCGGUAAAGUAGUGCACACAAUAUCCCUUUACUGCUAACUAAUCUCAUUAUUGUAUAAAGUUAAGAUCUUUGUAAAAAUUCCUAAUUUAUUACUUCAGAUUUUAACUUUUGCAUGGUUGUGACUCAUGAUCUCGAGUCACCUUAGUGUCUCCGCUGUGUAGAGGCGUCAAGGUCUAACUAACCAUCCUGUAGCCCACACAUGUAGAAGGUUAGAGGUGUAGUAGAGUUGAUGGGCGUUAGUUCAAGGGAAUGGUUGUGUGGUGCAACUUGCUCACUGUUAAUUAACGAAGCACAAGAUUACUGAUGCAACAGCCAUCUGGACCCACAGUUGUACACUUCAUGAAACACUUUAAUACAUUAAUUUGUCAGUACCACCAUGUGUGACCUCUGUUCAGUAGGUGAUUCUGGCAGUGAACUGACUCUCUCAAGAGAUUCACAUUGGCCUGCUUCCAUGAAUGAUUUACUUGAUAAGAUUACCAUACUCUUCUUGUUUGUUGAAUGGUGGUGUCUCCUUGUUAAAGAUGUAAUUAAAUCUUUGUACUGGAAGCCAAUUAAAAUUCAGUAACAACAA